GGCCCAUACGGCAAGUCAUCGGUUAUCGGUUCUUAACAUUUCGGCUUAACGUGCUUAAACAUAUAUUAAAUUUAGACACCACGCAAGCGACGGCGCCCGAAAUGACAACGCCCACGCGUGCCACCCUGGAGAAGGCUCUGAAGAGCGAUAAGAAGCUUCUGAAGGCAGCCACCCAGAUAGCCGAGGAUUUGUCAUCCAAAGCGUAUGACAUAUCAACCUUGGCCGAGGAGUUGGGCUUCGCUCUCUCCUCGCCUGACAUGGAGGAGCGAGUGGCCGGAACCAACCUGCUGUCCGCCGUUCUGGUCGCCCUCCCUCAGGAUCUGCUCCAGGAGCGGCAGUUGGAGUUCCUCAGCACCUUUUAUAUGGACCGGCUUCGAGACCACCACAACGUGAUGCCCGCUAUCAUCGACGGUAUCGAUGCUCUCGUCCACAUGAAGGCUUUGCCGCCCGCCCAGGUUCCCCAAAUCCUGCAGUCAUUUUUCGAGCACACCACCUGCCAGUCACAGACGCGUGGCGACCGCACCAAGCUGUUCAACAUCUUCCAGUACCUGACGAUCAACUUCAAAAAGGAGCUCCAGACGAUGGCCGGUGACUUUGUCUACGGUCUGAUCAACUCUAUUGAUGGCGAGCGUGAUCCCCGCAACCUUGACAUCAUAUUCACCUUCAUGCCUGAAUACCUGUCCACUUAUCCGUUGCUUCAUUUGGCCGAAGAGAUGUUUGAGAUCUUCGCUUGUUACUUCCCAAUCGAUUUUAAUCCCAGCAAGCAGGAUCCGGCGGCCAUAACCCGAGAUGAGUUGGCGGCAAAGUUGACCAACUGCCUGGUGGCCAACAACGAAUUCGCGGAAGGCACAGUGGUGCUGGCCAUAGAAAAGCUGGAGAGCGAGCUGCUGGUAGCCAAACUGGACUCCAUAGAGCUGCUGCACCAAGCUGCCUUGAAGUUCCCACCCUCUGUUUUGGAGCCUCACUUCGAUCAGAUCUGGCAAGCUCUGAAGACAGAGACAUUUCCCGGGAACGACAACGAAGAGAUCCUUAAGGCCUCCUUGAAGGCAUUGUCUGCACUUCUGGAGCGAGCUUCCCACUUACCCGAUAUAAGCCACAGCUACCAAAGCUCUAUCCUGGGGGUAAUCCUGCCUCAUCUCAGCGAUGUUAAUCAACGCCUGUUUCAUCCUGCCACGGGCAUUGCCUUGGUUUGUGUAGCUGGAGAUGCACCCUAUGCGGCGGACAAGAUCCUCAACAGCUUUUUGCUAAAGCUGCAGGCCACGGAUGUUGGGCCCGAACAGCGGAUCAAGAUCUACCACAUAGUUAGCCAGGUGUAUAAGCUGUCCGCAUUACGUGAUUCUCUGCAGAAACUGGACACAACGAUACGAGAAUCCUUGCAGGACGAUGUUAUCGCCUCUUUGCGACUUAUCGAACAAGAUGGUUUUGAUGCCAAACAGGAGGAUUUGGAACUACAAAAGGCCUCCCUUUCUGUCCUUAACGAAAGUGCUCCGGUUCUCAGCGAGAAACAGCGUGCAUUAGUCUACAAAGCGCUGGUUCAGCUUAUUAGCCAUCCGUCCAUCGAUCUUGACUUUACUGUACUAACAGUCAGCCUUGGAGCUCUGCAACCGGUGGAAGUGCAGUCUAACUUUAUAGACGUCUGCGUGCGCAAUUUUGAAAUCUUCUCCAACUUUGUAAAGCGUAAGAUUUACGACAAUUUGUUGCCCCUUCUGCCACAGAUGGCGUUUACUCAACGCAUUUUGGAUUUAAUAAUGACACAGUCGUUCAAGAACACAUCCGCGGAGCCCAUUCGUCUGCUGGCCCUAGAGGCGUUGAACAAACUGCUCCUCCUGGAGGAUCAGCGCUUCAUCGUGGAUUUGCAGCAGGAGUCCAAUCUACUGCACAAGCUCAUUGAGCUGGGUCAGCACACUGAGGGUCUUUCACUUCAAUCGCUGGAGCAGAUUGCGGGUGCAUUGAGUCGUAUCACGCAACAACUGCCCCUCUCCGAGCAGAGCGCGAUUGUUAGCGAGUACCUUCCUGGACUCAACCUAAAUGUGUCUGCUGAUUUGUACAUUACUAAGGGUCUGCUCGGUUACCUGCAUAAAGACAUCGCUCUGGAUGACCACUUUGACCGAUUGCUGACCGAUUUAACCCAGCUCUCUCUAUCCACGGACAAUGAACAGCUGCGUGUGAUUGCCCACCACUUGCUCUGCAGCAUGGUCAACAAGAUGGAGAGCAAUCCAGCCAACUUAGGAAAGGUUAAGAAGAUCACGCAACAGCUUAAAAUUGCCAUCAAGAAAGGAGACGUGCGGGCAGUGGAGAUCCUUGCCUGGGUGGGGAAGGGUCUGGUGGUCGCGGGAUUCGAUGAGGCUGCCGAUAUCGUUGGCGAUCUCUCUGAUCUUCUCAAGCAUCCCAGUUUGAGCACUGCCGCUGCCCUGGGAUUCGACAUCAUUGCUGCUGAGUACCCAGAACUGGAUUUGCCAGUGGUUAAGUUUUUGUAUAAGCAGAAGCUUUUCCAUACAAUCAUGGGAAAGAUGGGCAGCAAGCUGGCCGACUACUGCGUGCAUCACCUGAAGGCUUUCGUCUACGUACUGAAGGCCACGCCGCAGGCAGUGAUCAAGCUAAACAUCGAGCAGUUGGGUCCGCUGCUCUUCAAGAGUUUGGAGGAGCACAACGAGGCGCAGUCGCUGUGCAUUGCACUGGGCAUUUGUGAAAAGUUUGUAGGGCAGCAGGACGCAUACUUCCAGGGGCACUUGGCCCACCUCAUCCCCAGCUGCCUGGAGCUUUCAAAAUAUAAGGCCCAGCACACAAUGCAAGUUCGCAUAGCGGCGCUGCAGUUGCUCUACGACAUUACAAAGUAUCCCACCUUCGUUCUGUUGCCCCACAAAGUGGAUGUUACUCUGGCCCUGGCCGCUGCCUUGGAUGAUCCCAAGCGAUUGGUGCGAAACACGGCGGUCAAGGCCAGGAAUGCCUGGUACCUGGUUGGAGCGGCUAGUGGGAAUUAGCCAAGGAACAAUAGCAUUCUUGUUAAUACUUUAAAGCCAAUAAGCGAACGCACAUAUUCUAGGAUUUAUAUUUAUA